ACAAAAAUGAACUCUCCUUCUUUCCACCAUCUCUUCAUCUUCACCGUCGUGUUCUUUCUCCGGUGUUUAAAUCUCACCACAGCUGCCACUUGUCAUCCCAAUGAUGAGUCAGGUCUUUUAGCUUUUAAAUCCGUUAUAACCGAAGACCCUUCGGGUAUUCUAAACACCUGGAAGAAAGGAACUGAUUGCUGCUCUUGGGACGGUGUUAGUUGCUCUAACGGCAACCGCGUCGUCGUACUCACUAUCCGCAUAGAGCCCCAUGAUGCCGAUAUCUUUCUCUCCGGAACUAUCUCCCCAUCACUGGCUAAACUCCAACAUUUGGAAGGGGUAGUCUUUAUCAAUCUCAAAAACAUCACUGGACCAUUUCCCUCAUUCUUAUUUCGAUUACCACAUCUAAAGUAUGUUUAUCUCGAGAAUUCACGUCUCUCCGGUCCUCUCCCAGCUAACAUCGGCGCGCUAAACCGCUUAGAUACGUUAACCGUUAAAGGAAACCGGUUCAGCGGUUCAAUCCCGAGUUCUAUAUCCAAUUUAACUCGUUUAAACUACCUCAAUCUUGGCGGUAAUCUCUUAUCCGGAACCAUACCAUUAGGGAUUACUAAUCUCAAGCUCCUCUCAAAUCUGAAUCUUGACGAUAACCGUCUCUCUGGAACAAUACCGGAUAUUUUCAAAUCCAUGACUAAGCUCAGAAUCCUUACCCUUUCCCACAAUGGAUUCUCCGGGAAGCUCCCUCCUUCGAUCGCAUCGCUUGCACCGGCUCUUGCGUUCCUCGAGCUAAGUCAGAACAAUCUCUCGGGGUCAAUACCAAGCUAUUUAUCAAGAUUCACAUCGCUCGACACACUUGAUCUCUCCAAGAACCAUUUUUCCGGAACCGUGCCGAAGAGUUUAGCCAAGCUGACUAAAAUAGCUAAUAUCAAUCUCUCUCACAAUCUUCUAACCGAUCCAUUCCCUGUUUUGAACGUGAAGAAUUACAUUUUGAGUCUAGACCUGUCGUACAACAACUUCCACAUGGAAAAGAUCCCAGAAUGGGUGACCUCGGCGUCGUUACUCAGCUCUUUAAAGCUAGCUAAAUGCGGAAUCAAGAUGAGCUUAGACGAAUGGAAAACAAGGCAAACUGAUCUCUACGAUUCCAUCGAUCUUUCGGACAACGAGAUCUCAGGGAGUCCAGUGAGGUUCUUGAAGGAAGAAGUGCAACUUCGAGAGUUUCAGAUGUCAGGGAAUAAACUCCGAUUCGAUUUAAGGAAGCUGAGUUUCUCGAAGACGCUUGAGACACUUGAUUUGUCAACGAACUUAGUGUUCGGUAAAGUGUCGGCGAGCGUGGCCGGAUUGAAGACACUAAACUUGAGUCAAAACCAUCUUUGUGGAAAACUUCCAGCGACUAAGUUUCCAGAAAGUGUUUUUGCCGGCAACGACUGUCUCUGUGGCUCUCCGCUGAGUCAUUGUAAAGGUUAA